CAGAGCCGGGCUUCCCGUGGGUAGGGUUUGUCCCACAACGAAAUUUCCGAACUUCCGGUCUCUGAUCUCUAGAUCUUUCUAUUCUCCUUCUCACCCUCCUUCCUUCCGAAUGGAACUGUAUUGAUUGACUUGGAUAGGCGAUGACAACGAAAGUCAAAACCGACAUCAUCUGAUAUGACUGAACUAACUCGAGCUUGUGCAUGAUUAAUUCGUUCUUGGAUGCUAAAUUAUAUAAAAAGGAAAGGAUCUUUCUAUCCAUACCCCAAUCAUGUCUUCCAAGCAAAACCAACUCGCAAAACACUUUGCCUCUCUUCACGUAUCAGGCAAACCUCUCGUGCUCGCCAACGUCUACGAUUGCGCUACCACUCACGCCAUGCUCUCACUUCGUCCUCAGCUACAAGCAAUUGCAACAGCGUCCUACGGCAUCGCCAACGUCGCCGGUCUAAACGACUACACCAUGACCCUAGACAACCACAUCGAAUCCCUCUCCCGGAUCAGCGCAAUCGUCAACUCCACAGAGCCUUCAGCGAACGCCGGCCUCGGUAUUCCCCUUUCUAUCGACAUUGUCGACGGUUACGGUCCAAAGCUCUCCGACGCCAUAACAAAAAUCAUCGGACUCGGAGCAGUCGGCUGUAACAUCGAAGAUUCCUACUUUGACCCUGCCACCACGAAAACCAAACUAUACUCCAUCGAAGAGAUGAAAACCCGACUCCUACAAGCCAAAACCGUCGCUACCGACCUCGGAGUUCCCGAUUUCGUUUUCAACGUCCGCACGGAUGCCGUCUUCGUCCGAUCCGAAGGGAUCACAAUACCUGAAUUAAUGGAACGAGGAAAGACGGAACAACCCAUCGAUGAAGCGGUUGCCCGUGGAAAAGCCUAUUUAUCCACCGGUGUGCCUACCACGAUAUUCAUUUGGGCCGGUCCUUUCUCCGUUGGAACUUCCUCGGGGAGUUUGAAGCGGUAUGUGAAGGAAUUCGAUGGACGUGUUGCGGUUCAUAUCAACCGAAAGGACGCGGGUGGGUUGUCGGUCGACCAGCUUGGUCAGUUCGGUGUAGCGAGAGUUAGCAUUGGGCCAGAGUUUUUGUUCCAGACGAUGGAGGUUAUUAAGGAGUUGGCGAAGGGUAUCUUGGGGGGAGGGUAUAUGGGUAGUCUUACUAUAAAAGCAUGAAACCAUGUACUCGACCGGCCGGUCAUAAUAUAUUAAUAUUCCGAC